AUGAAGUCUCUGGAACCCGACAUCUGCGUGAUCGGGGCCGGCUCCGCCGGUCUGUCGAUCGCUGCCGGCGCCAGUCAGAUGGGCGCGCAAACGGUGCUGAUCGAGAAGGCGGAGAUGGGCGGCGACUGCCUGAACUACGGCUGCGUCCCCUCGAAGUCCCUUCUGGUGGCCGGCCGGGCCGCACAGGCCUGGCGGCACACGGCAGCCUUCGGCAUCGAUACGCCGGAGCCCAGUGUCGACUUCGCCCGUGUGCACGCGCAUGUCCGGGACGUCAUCGACGGUAUUGCGCCGUUGGACUCCGAGGAGCGUUUCACCGGUCUCGGUGUCGAGGUGAUCCGGGAUGCCGCGCUUUUCGAAGACGAGCGCACCGUUGUCGCGAACGGGGCCCGGAUCCGGGCCAAGCGGUUCGUGGUCGCAACCGGAUCGCGGGCCUCCGUGCCGCCGAUCGAAGGGCUCGAGCAGAUCUCCUAUCUGACCAACGAGACGGUGUUCUCCCUCACCGAACGGCCGGAGCAUCUGAUCGUCAUCGGUGGCGGGCCGAUCGGCAGCGAGCUGGGACAGGCCUUUCGGCAUCUCGGUGCGCGUGUCUCCCUGAUCGAAAUGGGCAGCAUCCUGCAGAAUGACGAUCCCGAACUGGUGGAGGUGGUGCGCCGACGACUCACCCGGGACGGUGUCGAGCUCCAUGAGCAGGCCAAGGUCCUGCGCGUGGGGGCGGCCGGCAACGGCGUCGCGGCUACGGUCGAGCGCGACGGGCAGGAGGAACGGAUCGAGGGGUCCCAUCUGCUGCUUGCGGCCGGGCGACAGCCCACUGUGGAAGGCCUCGGUUUGGAGGCAGCCGGAGUUGUCUACGACCGGCGGGGCAUCAAGACCGAUGCCCGGCUCCGCACCACGAACAAACGCGUUUACGCUGCAGGCGACGUGGCGAGCGGUCCGCAGUUCACCCACAUGGCCGGUCACCACGCCGGCAUCGUGAUCAAGAAUGCCCUGUUCCGCUUGCCCGCGAAGGUCGAGAACAGGGCCGUUCCCUGGGUGACCUAUACCGAACCCGAGCUUGCCCAUGUCGGUAUGACGGAAGCCAUGGCCCGGAAGGCCGGGGAGCGGAUCAAUAUUCUGCGCUGGGACUUCCACGAGAACGACCGGGCGCGCGCCGAGCGCCAGACGGACGGUUUCUGCAAGGCCGUGGUGACACCCAAGGGCAAGAUCCUCGGGGCCUCCAUCGUCGGGCCGCAGGCCGGUGAGUUGAUCCAGCCUUGGGUCUUGGCGAUCGCCAACGGGCUCAAGGUCUCCGCGAUGGCUCAGGUCAUCGCUCCUUAUCCAACCUUGGGCGAAGUCAGCAAACGGGCAGCCGGCAGCUUUUAUACGCCGAAGCUUUUCAGCGAACGCACCAAGAAGAUCGUUCGCCUGCUGCUCCGUUUGCCUUGA